AUGAGCUAUAUUAAAAUGCUAGUGACGACGGUGGUCAAAGUCUCAGCCCACCUAAACAUAAUCCCUUCGGACUGUAUCACCCCCACCCAAAAGACACGAGUCUCGUUCCUCCCCAACCCACACCCAGUCCCCCCCAAACAUGAAGCCACCAUCGACACUCUUCUCGACGCACCGGAAAUAUGUCCAACAUUAACCCGCCUGAAGUCAGAGGAAAUAAUGAACAUCGUGGAGCGCUACGGCUCCCACGAGUGCACAACCACAGCCGGAGAAUGGCUGGGCCGGUCAUCGUUCACGCCGCGUGUGCAGACACAUAUUGCAGCCAAUAGGGCAAUUCCUAUGGUUCUACCUGCUUUUCCGAUGAAGAGUAAUAACCGUAUGGACAAGGUGCUAGGUGUGCUUCCGGAUUUGGGGGAUGAGCUUGGGUUGGCGCGGUUGGUGAAUCUUUGUCGGGAUAUCAAGGAUGUUUACCCGCCUGGUGCGGUUGUGGUUGUUGUUACGGAUGGGAUUUGUUAUAAUGAUCUUACGGGGAUUUCUGAUGAGGAGGUCUGGGAAUAUGGGAAUCGACUGCGAAAGGUCGCUUUUGAGAAUGGAUAUGCUUGUAUUCAAUUCCAUCGUAUUAUGAAUAUGCUAGGUCUUUAUACUGGCGCACAAAUUUCUAAGUCCGAUUACGUGAAGCUCUGUGGUUUAUCGAGGGCUGAACUUCAUCGACGGUGUGGACGGCCGGGGUUUGAUGUCGAUCAGUUUUUGAAAAGUGAUGAGGACUAUCUGAGGACUUAUAAUGGAUACGACAAGUUCAUGAAAGUUGAUCUGAAAUUCAGCCCGGUGACCAAAGAUUGCGCUGGUCCCAAACAAUAUAAGAAGAGGAUCAAGAGUAUUGCAAAAGCCAUGAUUGUCCGUGGAGUGGAGUAUGCGGAGCUAGUACGCCAAAUUUAUCCCGACUCACUGCGUCUCUCCAUCCAUCCCUCAUCGGGGCAGACGAAGCUGUCCUGUCCCCUUAUCCCGCAGAAAGACUCGUUCUCUAUGAGCCCUUGGCACUGUAGUGUUGCAGUGACAACUGCAGGGGAAUUCAUAACAGCUCACCAAUCCGCACAUCGACAGAAGUUUGACCUCAUUAAGAAGGAUGGUCAACCAUAUUUCUUCCGUGAGCACUCUCCGCUCUUCGAUUGGGACGCCAGAGUUGAUUUUGAGCAUUAUUAUGGGCAAAACCUGAUUAUCAGGGCACAGAAACAGAUUGAUCAAGAACUAUCUGACUCGGAUUUGGACAAGUUGGCACUUUUAGCAAUCCAACAGAAGAGUGUGACAUUCUGCAUCACGUAG